CGUGAUUGGGUCACAGGAAGGAAGUCCUCGUGUGCUGGUUACGUCAGCCCUCUCCUGCAGUCAGACUAGUGGCCGUGGCUCCGAGACACAAUGAACAUAUCCAGUAUGGCGACAGCACACGUCUAUUCCUUCUCCAGGAAAAGUAGUGAAGGAAUCAUAUUUAUGCUGUGUGUUUUCUUGGGAUUAUUGUCUCUUGUACAGUCAAGUACUCAAGGGUGUAAAAAUCACUGUAUGCAUGGAUGUAACACGCCAUGCCUGGGGAGAUGUGCGGCCGGCUGGAAAGGAGCUGACUGUGACAAACCUUGUGAGGGGUUUUACUACGGUAUCAGCUGUGUCCAUUCGUGUGGACACUGUCGGAACGAUGCGACCUGUGAUCAAGUCAGCGGAGAGUGCAUUAACGGUUGUGUGCCGGGCUGGACCGGUCAGUUCUGUAACCGAUCAUGCGAGCCGUUUAGAUACGGUCUGGACUGCUCCGCAAAGUGUGGCCAUUGUCGACAGGACAAGGCGUGUAACACAGUAUCUGGGAAGUGUAGCGCUGGGUGUAAGCAAGGAUGGACCGGCGAGAGAUGCGAUACAGUAUGCAUAGAGGGUCUCUUCGGAUUGGACUGUGCUAUUGAAUGUGGUCAUUGCACUGACAAUGAGUCCUGUGACCACAUGACAGGUGCAUGCAGAAAUGGUUGUGCAGCAGGCUGGUCAGGAGAGAAUUGCGUGAGAAGAUGUACCCGAGGAUACUUUGGUAAAGGGUGCCUUAGGAAAUGUGGUAACUGCAGGAACGGAACAUGUGAUCACGAGACUGGCAGGUGCCUGUACGGAUGUGCAAAGGGCUGGCAGGAACCAACAUGCCAAGAAAAGUGUCGGCCGGGUACGUUCGGUGAGAAUUGCAGCAUGGUGUGUGGUCAGUGUUACAAGAACACGACAUGUGACAGCCGGGGUAUAUGUACCGAAGGUUGCCGGCCAGGCUGGAGGGGGCGAAGGUGUGAAGUCAGUUGUGAAAAAGGAUACUAUGGCCAUGGCUGUACAUACAAAUGUGGAAUGUGUGGUGGCAAUGCUUCUUGUAACCUUACAACAGGAGAAUGCCCCAAUGGCUGCGCGGAUGGAUAUACAGGACUACGGUGCCUUGAUGUAUCUGGGAGAAGUAUGUCAUACGAGAUGUCCAGUGCUAUAGUACCUGUACUUGUCUCCUGUAUUGUGACCUUGACCUUGUUGUUUACCGCCACGAUAGUAUACUUCCUAUUCCUUAGGCCACGCCAUGGCAGGUUCCUUAGCCGGUUCUACAGGCUUACAACGAGAAGUUUCCAAGAACCCGAAGCCCAUGUGUACGAGCAAGUGUUGAAUGGUCCGUGGGAAUUAAAUAAGUACAACCUAAUACUGACCACGGAAAAACUAGGACAUGGUCAAUUCGGCAUGGUGAAGAAGGGAUAUGUGAAGAAGGAUAGAGACAAUAGGAUCAAUGUGGCUGUCAAAUCAUUGAAAUCAACUGCUUCAGAGAAGGAUAAGACCGAUUUCAUCAAUGAACUAAACAUAUUAAAGAAGGUCGGCCACCACCCUAACGUUGUGUGUUUGGUUGGCGCUUGUCACAUCCAAGGAACAAUGUACGUUGCCAUGGAAUAUGCAAAGAAUGGGGAUUUAAGAAGCUAUCUUAGAAAAAUCCGGAAGGGUAAAUUUCAUAUAUACGACAAUACAAGUUCCAUCACGCCCGUGCAAAAUUCUGUCCUCCUCAAAUUUGCAUUGGACGUGGCAUCAGGUCUUAACCACCUGGUAGAGAAACAGAUAAUCCAUCGCGACGUAGCAGCCAGAAAUGUUCUCCUAGACGACAACCUCAUCGCCAAGGUGGCAGACUUUGGCCUGUCUAAGCACGACGAUACCUACAUCAAAACAUCAAAUACAAGAGUACCAGUAAGAUGGCUAGCGCCGGAAUCUCUCUUCAAUGCUACGUAUACCACACAGAGUGACGUGUGGUCGUUCGGUAUACUGCUGUGGGAGAUAUUUUCCCUGGGCGGUACCCCCUAUCACGGUCUGGAGACACAGCAGAUGUGUAACCUCCUCAAGCAGGGCUUCCGACUCCGGCGACCAAAGAAGUGCGAACCAGCCAUGUACGCAAUGAUGCUGCAGUGUUGGAAUGAACGACCAAUGAGCCGACCGCAAUUUUCGGAGUUAUGUUUGAGAUUACAACGCAUGGUGGAGGACAGUCAGAUUUACAUGAACUUGGAUGUCAACGAAGGAAACCAUUAUGCUGAAAUCGACAGUGUACGAUAGCAUUGCGAUGCCAAUCCACCUGUGUCUGUAAAGAUUUUGUGAUCUAUAGUUCCGUGCUCCUACAAGGACGCCGUAACGUUUCUUUGCAAAUAUAUUGUAAUCUCAUAAUAUGGUAAAAAAGACAGCGUACCAUAUGAAGACAUGCAUAUGCUACUUCCAAUUAUGGAGCCCCAGUCUUUGCGCCUGUGCACGACUGUAUACGUAGGUCACACUACACUUGUAGUUCCGAUGAAGAACGUUUAGCUUUAAGCAAACGUAUAUACAAUUAGAGGGCACACUUCACUUGCAGUUCAAUGAAGGAGGCUCAGUAUAUCGGCAUACGUACGCGUACGACUGAUGGAAGAUACACUUGUUCAAAUUAAGGAGUGAUGUCUUUGGUGUUUUUUUCGAUUUGCAAUUUUCGAGGCAAUUCCAGUCGAUGAUGGAGUUGGGAGAGAACGAGUGUCUAGGCCUUAAAUACUGUUUGUCUUUCAAUAUUUCAAUAGGUCUUCACUUGUAACUUGUAGUUGUACAGAACAAGCAUGUUAAAAUCAUAACAAUCAAUGAAUGAAUGAAGACAUCUUCAAACUGUGUAAUCGGAUUUCGCUGAUUAAUCGACGUUCUGCCGGUAGACGAUACUACCACAAGCUAACCAAUUAACACAAAUCGUCUUUAUCAUGAGUCAAGUUUACGGAAUAUCUUGAUAUUCGUGUUGUUUUCUGGAUAUAUAUAUAUAUAUAUAUGUAUUCCCCGCACACUAAUGGAUUGGGCUGUUUGUCUUUCCACAUUCUGUGUUUUCUCCACAUACUUUGUUAACCUGGUGGGUAUCUUGGACAAGGGAAAUUUUCAUUAUUGCACUAGAAUUUAUAUUGAAAUUAGUUCAUUAUCAGAAAAAAAAAGAUGUACAUAUAUAUUGUCUAUUUUAUAACCUGGUGUAAUAUUUUGUAAAUGAUCCACUUUAUUUAUUAUGCAUAUUAUUGCAUAUAAGGAGUAAUUAUAUCAGUAGAGGUUUUAAAUACAUGUAUUUAAAAGGAUGCUAAUUGCCCAAUGUUUACGUUUCCAAAAUAAAAUUGUUUAUUUAUAUAUA